AUGGUGUGGAAUGAAAGAACAUUCACGAAUCAGGCGGCAGGAGAGAUUCGCACAUCGGAACUGCUUCGAGACCAGGACUUAGACAAUAGCCGCAACGUGGUGCAUUUGCUAAAGCACUUCACUUUCCGUGAGCACGUUUGCAUGACGUUUGAGCUGCUCAACAUGAACCUCUACGAUUGCUUUGAACGCCAACGCAACAUCAACACGUGCAUCCAGUCACGAUUUUAUCGAACUCCCAAAGUGAUGCUGUGCUGCAGGUACAAUGUCUCAAUCGAUAUCGGGGGUUUCGGAUGUAUCCUUGCGGAGUUAUUAACUGGUAAGUGCGAUGUGAUUGCCUGGCAGCUUCGAAUCAGGCCGAUGUUAGUGUCUUAUUUGAUGCAGACUGCAAACCUGCCACACGUCGGAAUUCUGAUUCGUGAAUCUGAGUUGUAG